CACGCCCAGGGCACGCACUUCUAUAAUUGAUAGAAUCGUUAGUAAGUGUGUUCUUGCCGCGUGCAGAAUAAUAUUUGGGUUGCGCGAGAAUUCGCGGUUACCUGGAGUUCAAUCGUGAUCUAGAACUGCAGCCGCGAGAACAAUAGAUUCCGUUAUCGGAGGCGGGAACGCAAUCCCACAGGAGUAAAAAAAGAUGUCGGUGUCCGUAGCGCGUGAGCAGCGAGCCGCCGUCGCCACCACCACCAAUGCUAAUAACGGAGGGGACACAGCGGUGGAUGGUCAAGAACAGCUUGAAAACUGCGGCGUGUGCAAGAACCGAUUGCAAACCGAUAAGGAACCACAGCUCCUACCCUGUCUGCAUUCUGUUUGUCGUAACUGCCUCCCCUCUGAGGGUCAAGUCCCGGAGGCCUCUAAUAGUGAAGAUCCUUCAGCUGUGGUUCAUUGUCCAGUGUGUAAGCAUCAGUGUUUUCAGAAGGAUAUAGUUGAAAACUACUUCCUAAGGGAAACUUCCUCUGCUCAACAAGUAACAGAAACAAUCCAGAGAUGCACAAGCUGCGAGGACAAUGCUGUUGCAAAUAGUUACUGCGUUGAGUGCACAGAGUGGCUGUGUGAAACCUGUGUUGAAGCCCAUCAACGUGUGAAAUAUACAAAGGACCACACUGUCAAAGUAACUGAAAACAAAUUCUUGCACAUGCCAGCUGGAAAUAUCAAUAUAGUAUUGGCUCUAGAAAAGGAUGAGGUCAAGAACCCAUAUCAGAUCUUCAAAUCCCUACCAUCUGUUUUGUCCUUAUAUCAGUUUUUGGAGGAUGCUGUAAAAAAUCAGAGAAAAAUACUUUCAACUCUUGUCAAGAGACUUGGUGAAAAGCAUACUAAUCUGCAGACAUCUACAAAAGAUGUUCGAUCUUCGAUUCGUCAGGUGAUAGAUGUACAGAAAAAGUUGCAAGUAGAUGUGAAGAUGGCCAUUCUACAAAUUAUGCGGGAGCUUAACAAGCGUGGUAAACUGCUUGUGAAUGAUAUGCAGAAAGUUGCUGAAGGACAACAAGAUAAAUUAGAAAAGCAACAUUGGGCAAUGAGUAAACUUCAGAAACAUCAGGAGCAUAUUCUCCGAUUUGCUACUUGGGCCUUGGAAAGUGACAAUAAUACUGCUUUGCUGUUGUCAAAGAAAUUGAUAUAUUUUCAACUUCACCGUGCUCUGAAAGUAGUUGUAGACCCUGUUGAACCGUUGGGAGAGCUGAAAUUUCAGUGGGAUUCUGAUACUUGGACAAAACAUGCUGAAUUAUUUGGUAAAAUUGUGUCUGACAGGUUGGGUGUUCUUUCCUCUUCAUCAACAGCUGUAAACUCAAGCCAUUCAUCAAAAUUUGCAUCUCAGACUCUUGAUGAAAUUGAUGGCACUGCAGAUGGAGAAACUUCUGGUCUUGAAUCGUUGGUAGGCCAAAAAAGAGGUCGCAGCUCAGACGGUGGAGAUGUGAACGAACUUCUGAAAAAAGUUCCUCGUGUCAGUUUGGAGCGCUUGGAUGUUGACCUUAAUCCUGACACUCAGCCACCUGUUUUUAAAGUGUUUCCUGGAAAUACCACUGAAGAUUAUAACUUAAUUGUAAUCGAAAGAGGCAAUUUGCCUGCUGGAGCUGUUGUAAAGGAGGAAGCCAUGGAAACUGGAAUUGGAAUCCCCACGGAUGAGUCUACUGAAGAGAAACCAUGUGUUAUACGCACAGAUGGAGUACUGGAAAAUCCUCAGCCUGCUGUACGCCCGCCAAGUGUUGCAAGCGAUAGUGCUUCAUCUGAUUUUCACGGGUCAAGCAGUGGUGGAAUUUCUGAGACAGGGGUUACUACAAACUGUAAGGUCUGUCAGAAGGAAGGAGUACUUUUAACUUGUAGCCAGUGCAAAUUGACCUACCAUGGGGACUGCCACAUGCCUUCAGUUCAGGACACUCCAAGCGGAGACUGGAAAUGUAUUCGGUGCCAGGACCUUACUGUUAAUCAAAAUCUUACUGUUUCGGCAGUAGAAAUUGACACCAGCACGCUUUCACCAACUGACCAGAAGAAAUGUGAACGCUUGCUCUUGGAAUUGCUUUGUCAUGAGCCUUGUCGACCUUUCCACAGGCUAACCAGUGGCGGAGCAGAUGAUCCAUUAAUUGACCUAACUCUUAUUCGGGCCAAGCUUCAGCACAAGCUAUCACCUGCAUAUUGCAGUCCUGAUGAUUUUGUUCGAGAUGUAUGGAUGAUGUUCAGAAACUUUAGUAAACUUGCAGAGGACAAAGCUGUUGUACAGUCAAUCAUUGAGCUUCAGUCUUUCUUCGAAACAAGGCUUAAUCUUCUCUUUGGUGAUCGUAAGUUUUCAUGUCUUCUUGGGGAGGCAACAUGUGAGGAGGAACAACACAGUGAAAGUCUUACUCAGAGGAGUUCACCAGUGAGCACAACUAGUGAGAGUGUAUCGUCUGCGAAGCUCAGCACUGAACAAGAUUAAGCUUGUAUGGAUGUGUCCAUGAAGAUGUGCAUGUCUUUCAUAGCUUCAUGUAUGCACACUUCACUGGAUAAUAACUUUAUGGCCCCUCCAUUUAUCUAGAUGAGCAAAGGGUUGCUAUUGAAAAUGAAUUGUCUGCACAAUGAAGACCUUUUUUGAGAGAAGCAAAUUUAUGCAGCAACUAACCUAGAACUGCAGAUCCUACAGAUAGUUAGAGAAGUAUUUGGAAGCCUUCCUUCCUGGUUAUUUAUCCUAUAUUCAGCUGUGUGUUCUGCCUUCUGGCUCACAUUACAUUGUUUCAUUUUUUAUUUCCCCCCCUGGUGAUUUAAUCAGCUGCAGUUUUUCAUUGCUAUACAAAAUUGAUGUUGCAGUUAGUAGGUUUCAUGGUCUCCAGUAGUAACAAAUACACAUAGUAUCUUAGACAUGAGCCUCUAUUCUGCAAGGGUUUCCUACAAACUUAACCCUUUUCUUCUGUUAUGUGUGAUCAGUCCACGGGUCAUCAUUACUUCUGGGAUAUAACUCCUCCCCAACAGGAAAUGCAAGAGGAUUCACCCAGCAGAGCUGCAUAUAGCUCCUCCCCUCUACGUCAGUCCCAGUCAUUCUCUUGCACCCAACGACUAGAUAGGAUGUGUGAGAGGACUAUGGUGAUUAUACUUAGUUUUUAUGACUUCAAUCAAAAGUUUGUUAUUUUACAAUAGCACCGGAGCGUGUUAUUACUUCUCUGGCAGAGUUUGAGGAAGAAUCUGCCAGAGUUUUUUACUAUGAUUUUAACCGGAGUUGUUAAGAUCAUAUUGCUGUUCUCGGCCAUCUGAGGGAGGUAAAGGCUUCAGAUCAGGGGACAGCGGGCAGAUGAAUCUGCAUUGAGGUAUGUAGCAGUUUUUAUUUCUGAAUGGAAUUGAUGAGAAAAUCCUGCCAUACCGUUAAAAUGACAUGUAUGUAUACACUUUAGUAUUCUGGGAAUGGUAUUUCACCGGAACUACUCUGUUAAAGGUCACUAAUCCUUUUAUUAACUAUUUAUCAUGUUAAACGUUUUUGCUGGAAUGUAGAAUCGUUUACAUUGCUGAGGUACUGUGUGAAUAAAUAUUUGGGCAUUAUUUUCCACUUGGCAGCAUUUUUUGCUUUUAUUUAUGACAGUUUCGUUUCUCUUCACUGCUGUGUGGGAGAGGGAGGGGCCGUUUUUGGCGCUCUUUGCUACGCAUCAAAAAAUUCCAGUCAGUUACUUUUAUAUUUCCUGCAUGAUCCGGUUCAUCUCUGACAGAUCUCAGGGGUCUUCAAACUUCUUUGAAGGGAGGUAAAUUCUCUCAGCAGAGCUGUGAGAAUUCUUAGAGUGACUGUGAAUAAAAACGUUGCUUUGUAUUUUUUAUGUCAAAUUUAAUUAUUGUUAUUUUACUAAUGGGAACAAACCUUUGCUAAAAGUUGUGUUGUUUUAAAGUUGAUGCUAUAACUGUUUUUCAGUUCAUUAUUUCAACUGUCAUUUAAUCGUUUAGUACCUCUUUGAGGCACAGUACGUUUUUGCUAAAAAAGAUUAUAACCAAGUUGUAAGUUUUUUGCUAGUGUGUUAAACAUGUCUGACUCAGAGGAAGAUGUCUGUGUCAUUUGUUCCAAUGCCAAGGUGGAGCCCAAUAGAAAUUUAUGUACUAACUGUAUUGAUGCUACUUUAAAUAAAAGUCAAUCUGUACAAUGUGAACAAAUUUCACCAAACAGCGAGGGGAGAGUUAUGCCGACUAACUCGCCUCACGCGGCAGUACCUGCAUCUCCCGCCCGGGAGGUGCGUGAUAUUAUGGCGCCUAGUACAUCUGGGCGGCCAUUACAGAUAACAUUACAAGAUAUGGCUACUGUUAUGACUGAAGUUUUGUCUAAAUUACCAGAACUAAGAGGCAAGCGUGAUCACUCUGGGGUGAGAACAGAGUGCGCUGACAAUGCUAGGGCCAUGUCUGAUACUGCGUCACAGCUCGCAGAGCAUGAAGACGGAGAGCUUCAUUCUGUGGGUGACGGUUCUGAUCCAAACAGAUUGGACUCAGAUAUUUCAAAUUUUAAAUUUAAAUUGGAGAACCUCCGUGUAUUACUAGGGGAGGUCUUAGCAGCUCUCAACGAUUGUAACACCGUUGCAAUACCAGAGAAACUGUGCAGGUUGGAUAAAUAUUUUGCGGUACCGGCGAGUACUGAAGUUUUUCCUAUACCUAAGAGACUAACUGAAAUUGUUACUAAGGAGUGGGAUAGAC